CUCACAGCCUCAACUCUUCCUCAUUUGAGCCCGGCUCAGCAGGAAGACAGACACACAUCAGCAGACAGAGACACCCCUCACCUCGGAGACAUGAAGCCCACUCUGAGCACCAGCCAGCUGGGAAUAAUGACGGACAAUAAUUCCACUUCCUGUGAUGAACCCGUGAACAACUCCGCCCACAUUUUCUUCAUCGUCAUCUACAGUUUCAUCUUCCUGGUGGGAUUGUUCCUCAACAGCUUCACACUGAGGGUUUACUUCUGCUCAGCUCAGCCCCUGGCAUCCAGCAGCGUCACCAUCUACCUGAAGAACCUGGCGGCCUCAGACUUCCUCAUCAGUCUCUGCCUGCCCCUGCGCAUUCUGAACUACGCCAGCAAGACCAGCUUCAUCCGGCAGACCUACUGCAGCUUUGGAGCCUCCGCCUUCUACCUCAACAUGUACGCCAGCAUCCUGUUCAUGGGCUACAUCGCAGCUAACAGGUACCUGAAGAUUGUCUAUCCUGUGGGAAACCAUGCUCUGCAGACGCCUCAAACCGCCUACAUAGUGUCCACCGUCACCUGGGGCCUCCUCCUGGUUAUGACCAGCACCUACAUGAUUCUGUCCCUCCUCACCCAGGACACCCGGGACGAUCUCCCUGGUAUGGUGAGUUGUGACGUCCUGCACAGUAAGAAGCUCCACCUGUUCUACAAAGUCAUCCACUCCUGCUCGCUGGUCAUCUUCCUGCUGGUCCUCAUGUCCCUGAUCUUCUUCUACUCCACCACCUCGCGCAGGCUGCUGCUGGCGCAGAGGAAUCAGCCGGCAUCCUCCAACUCCAAGAAGCUGACAAAGUCCCGCAGGAACAUGCUGGUUCUGGUCAGCGUCUUCUGCAUUUGCUUCGUCCCGUACCACCUGGUCCGCCUUCCCUACGCCUUCAUCAAAACCUUGUUGUGCUCAUCCAGAUGGUGGUUCUUUUACCUGAAGGAGCUGACCAUCGUGAUGUCGGUCCUAAAUGUCUGCCUGGACCCCCUCAUCUACUUCAUCUUCUGUAAGGCAUUCCGGGCCCAGAUAAGCCUGGGGAGGUUUUUUAGCACCACGCAAGUCCCAUCGCAGGUGACAACUGAACAGAGGAGGGGCAGCAARGAGCGGAGGACCUCCAUAAAGAACCUCAGGAAGCUGUCGCUCACCCCCAACAGCAACCAGACCACCGUGUUGUAGAGUUCCCCCAAACUAUUUAAACUGGUUCACAGGCCAGAAAUAAGCCAGAACUCAAAGUAGACUGAACAGUUCGAAGUACAAAGACCAGGCUGGUCUUAUACCUCAUUACCCACAAACCUUCAUGGUGCAAUAAAGACUUCAAGUUUGUUUUUCUUCAUACAUCUCAUUUGAUUCUGACUGAAACACAGUGCUGAGCUCACCCAAAACAAKAAGAUAAGUGUAGACCGACCCGUUUGGAUCUGGUGUCGGUCUACACUGACAGCACCUUUUCUUCUAGCCUAGUGGUCAGGACUGAUUGAUGGCUUCAGGUGAACUGAAGUUUUAAAUCAGCUUUUUGUUUUGUUUUGACAAAGUGGAGGUUGUUGCUCUGAAAGACUCACUUCCUGUAAAAAUUGAAGCUUAAGUGCAAUAGAAAAUGUUUUUAUGUAKUAUAUGUAAUAAUUUCAGUUUCAGGUUGAUAAACUGAAGCUACUGAUGUUUAUGGUGGAAAAUAUUUUGAGGAGAGUUUUUUCUGUUUAUAACAGAAGAAGAAGAAACACUUCCUCUUCAUCAGAUAACAUCUGUAAGCAGGAAGUUUUAUGAAGUUGAACCAAAUCAGUUACAGAUAAAUGUUGUUCUUUAUAAUAAUAAUAAUAAUAAUAAUAAUAAUAAUAAUAAUAAUAAUAAUAAUAAUAAUAAUAAUAAUAAUAAUAAUAAUAGUUUUUCUUUGAUCUGCC